UUCCAAGGGGGAGACGGGCAGUGAAGGGACCACAAGGACCCGCUAACGCCUGGCAGUGUGCAGGAAGACGAGGGCAAGCCAAGGCUGAAGGAGCCCCGCUCUGCCCACAGGCGAUGGCAGCCACAGUGACGGACUCUGGUAGUGUGAGGAUCAUCACGGAGGUCAUCCCAGCCACAGACUCCCCAGCAGCCCAGCAGGCCUCCAGCUCCAGGCCAACUGCACCUGCCACCUCGUCCUUCCAAGUCCACAGCUUCAGAAGGGCUCAGCCCAAGGCACUGGGGGCCAUCCACAUUGUCACUGGAAUCAUACACUUCUGCUGUGGGAUCAUUCUGACCGUGGUAGAGCAUGAGAUCCCUUCCAUCACUGUGGCCAGUGGGGUCCUCUUCUGGCUUGGGCUCCUGCUCCUGGUCACAGGGUCUCUGCUGGUGGAAAGUGGAAAAAGAGAGAACAUCCUGCUGGUGAAGAUCUGCUGCAUCUUCAGCGCUGGGAUCAUUCUGAGCACCCUGGUGGCCACCAUUGUCCAUGCCAAGACUAUUACUGCAAGCCUUCCCGGGUGCGAGCACAACUGGCCUCACCAGCUGAGAGAAGAAAGGUGCUUCAACAUUGACAGAAAGACCCUGAGCAAUGGCUUGAACUUGGUGUUCGUCAUCUUUUGCCUCCUGGAGUUCUGCACAGCGGUAGCAGCCCUGACGUUUGGUUAUGGUGCCAUCAAGCAGCACAACUACAGGCGCGUGGUGUUGUAAGGACAGCAGAGCCGGUGUCCUUCCCCGCCAGGCCAACAGGGACGUGGCUACCCACCCCCAUCGUCCCCCCGCCACGCCAGCAUCUUGGGGCCACAGAAGCGGCUG